AUGGACACCGAGCUCCAUAACUUCAUCUUCGUCUGGAUAUCCGUCGUCACAGCCCUAAUCUACUGUCGCUACAUCUCCAAGCUCAUCCCCAACGGACCCAAGAGGCUCUUCUUCUUCCUCCCGGUGAUCCUCCUCUUCCUCCUCCUCCCUCUCCGUCUCACCACCAUCACCCUCAGCGGUCUCACCGCCUUCUUCGUCACCUGGCUCUGCAACUUAAAGCUCCUCCUCCUCGCUCGUGGCAAGGGCCCUUUAGCGCCGUCGCCGCCUCUCUCUCUUCCGCUUUUCGUCGCCAUCGCGUCACUUCCGAUCAAGAUCAGCCCUUCCCUGGGGAGCGUGGCUUCCAAGAAUGGCGGUGGCAAUGGCCUCAAGUCGCCGGCGAAUUACAUCACCAAAUGUCUAUUGGUGGUUUCACUCUUCCCUCUCCUCCAGUGGAGUGACUACGUGCACGAGAAGGUCAUGAUGACUGCGUACUCCAUCCACAUGUAUAUCACGCUCGAGGUGGCUCUGGUGGUGGUCGGUGCAGCGGCUGGCAGGCUCAUCGGCGUGACGGUGGAGCCGCAGUUCAACGAGCCGUACCUUGCCACAUCGCUGCAGGACUACUGGGGUCGGCGCUGGAACCUCAUGGUGACGAGCAUCCUGCGGCCGAGCGUGUACGAACCCAUCCGGUCGGCCUCGGGCCACAUCAUGGGAAGGCAGUGGGCUCAUCUUCCCGCCGUGCUCGCCGCGUUUGCAGUGUCCGCCCUCAUGCAUGAGCUGAUCUUCUACUAUAUCGGGAGGAAGGAGCCUACAUGGGUGGUCACGCGCUUCUUCCUCCUCCACGGGGUCGCUGUGGCAGCAGAGGUCGCAGCGAAGAAGGCGCUGCACGGCACGAGGUGGCGGCUGCCAGCAGACGUGUCGAGGCUGUUGACGGUGGGGUUCGUGGUGGUGACAGGCUUCUGGCUGUUUCUGCCACCCCUACUGCGGUGCGACGCGAUGGCGAAGACAAGGAGGGAGACCAUUGCUAUUAUUGAGUUUGUAAAGGGUUUUGUCUUCGUGCCACUGUGA